GACUUGACGUUAUCCACUUCCACAACUAAAUCACAGAAAAUAUUUUAGUCUACUCUACAUCAAAAGCAUAACGCGACCAGUCGUUCUCAUCCUCAAAGCAGCUUCUGUCUUCGCUCAACGCUUCUAGCGCGCCAGAAGGAGAGAGUUGAGAAUGAGUGAAUAAUCCACAGGCAUUUAUUUUUAGAAGCGCUCCCGGUCGCUACGCACUUCAUUUAUAGCAAACUACAACACAUCCCAUGUUCUUAUUGGUUAAUAAUUCAAACGAUGCUUUGGUAUGAUGGAUUGGAACACAACUCCCGAGCUCACAGCGUGAAGACGCACAAGCCAAUUCCAUAAUCGCGAUGUUUCAAACCAUAUCCAGGAUUUGGAGAUGUCCACCGAUUGCAAUUAGGAAGCACCACUGCUCACAAGGAUCCCAUCCAGAACAACCAUGUGUCCUGAUCCCAGACUGCAUGCUCUCGGAAUACCAGGAAAAGUACCCUGCCCACUGCACCACUGUCUUCCGGGCAGCCAAGAAGAUGAAGAACGAGUAUCAACCACCAGAGGGAAAGAUAUCCAACAUGACCACUUUCAAGUCAGACUAUGUGGCCCACGAGGUAAACCAGAGGCCACCAAAGGUCGUCAAGGCGUUUGUGCCACCUGAAGGCAGAAUGAGACACACCAGUUCCUACGCCAGGGACUACCCAAUUCACUCCGCUCAGGAGAAGAACACCAAGACUAUGUCCAAGGAGUAUCGUCCACCCACAGCAAAGAUGGUUGCUCAGUCGGAAUACAAAGAGGAAUUCCGUGCGUGGCGCAAUCAGAAAGUCCAACCGUACAGGACGUGUGAUAAUCUGAAGCUGAGCAACGGCAAGUUCGAGGGGACCACCACCUUCCAAGACGACUACGGCAAUAAGGGCCUGGCUGAGGCAAGGAAGAGCUUCAAACCGCUCCCUGACCUCCGGGAGACCCUGUCAUUCGACGGCGCCACCAACUACCAUACGCAGUAUGUCCCCCACCCGGUACAACCCAGGCAGCCCAGAGAGAAAGUCGUCCACAGGCCCUCCAGCGCCCCCCUGAAUGGUGUCUCCACCUAUAAGCAUGACUACCGAGGCUUGCCGACCGAGCCUGUCAAGCCCUUCAGAGCCAAGGUGGCUUGGGAGAGAAGCCCGGCUGUCUUCAGCGGGAUCAGCGAGUUCCGUGACCAGUACAAGGCCUGGCCCCUACAACCCAAGCACCAGGCCAACCCUCCCCAGGGCGCCAUGGUCGGCCCGUGCCAGCUGCGGCCCUCGUCUGCCCAUCCCCCAGUAGAGUCCUGGACAAAGAUCGGGGAGCCCCUUCGGAGCAUCUCCACUAUGAAGGAGGACUACCGGGCCUGGGACUUGGUCCCCGCCCCCCCCGCGGUUUAUGCCGAUGUGCUGGAGCAACCCAAGGGGGCUUUUGCCAGGACCGCCACUUUCCGCUCGGCGUACACACCACCUAAGACAUCGCGGCACGCAGUCUGUUUCAAGCCAGCCCAGACCACGGGCGAAGACCCCGUCGACCACUCCACCAAUGCGACCAAGGAGAUUCCAUUUUGCCCAGCCCGCGGCGGCUGCCACCCGGGCUUUGAGUACAGCUCCACGGGGGCCGGAGGUCACAGGCUCUACCGGUCCAUCUCAGUGCGGGAAACGGGGCCGAGUCAGCUGGCCACAGCCACGGGUGACAAGGCCUCUUACUCCCACAGCAGGAAGAGAUGCAUGGUCCCCAGCCGAGCCAAGAGGGCGCCCUAGAGUCCCCGACCGCCGACCCGCUCACUCACGGAUGGCUAGCUAGAGGGGUUUCGUGUUUUCUUUCUAUUAGAAUGUAUGACUCACAUUCCAUCCAGAUUCAUUUUAGCACCUCAGGUAUUAUUGACAGUUACUUACAUAAAAAUGCAUAAUCCUCAUUGUACGUGUGAUUUGACACUACGGAUACGUAACUAUGAAUGUUGUGUAAUAACUGUUUUCAAUUUUAUGUUAUAGUAAGUACACAGUGUGGAUACACGUAAAAGAUAACACACUAUGUUCUCUUCCUUCCGGCACAUUCAUAGAGCAGGGUGUUGAGUUGCACGGUUGUCCCACCUAGCAUGUGCUGACUGUAUGUCACUCUGGGUAGGAUCUUCUGCUGAAUGACUAAAAUGUAAAUAUAUAAUGGUAUUGCACCUAACGUGAGCAAGAUAAUAUCACACAAGGCGGAAUAAAAAGCAACACAUCCAUUACCAAGUCCACCAAAACUGAUGUUUAUUAACUAAAAAAUAUAGUUCAAUUUCUUAAAAAGAAAUGGUCAGUGAAAUCAUUUUACAGCAAAACUCUGGGAACAUUUUGAAAUCAUAUUUACAGUUUAUACACAUUCACAUUGAAUAAAUGAGAUUUGGGCAGCUCUCAUUACGACAAAGUCUAGGAAAAAAGAGGACUAUUCUCAGAAGUGAAGAAACUUCCUGCUUGUAGAACACAUUAACUUUCUGGUGGAAGCCAGAUCUGACAGAACGGCUCAAGAAAAAAAAAGAAAAAACAUACACCAUUACUUAUUUAAAUCCCUUGAAAAAACUUAUUCUCUCUGCUCGUUCCAUAGUCAUGAACAGUGAAAGAGUUUCUCAAAGACAACAUCCGUAGUAGAAAUUACAAAAUGGCGGAAAUGUCAAGUGUCUCUGAGGAAAGAAACAAAUUCCACAAAAAAGGACAGCGCAGUAGAACUUGAAAGCCUUGAUCAGUCCUCCAUGAAGCGGAUGUGCUUAGUGGCCUCCUUGGCUCUGGCUAUAAUGAUUUUCUCUGCUUUAGAAAUGAGCUGUGGAAAACACAUGAAAGUCAGUGAGGCACUGUGCUAUUAACAGCACUGGUAUAAAAUAAUGUUAAAUGUUUUUAAAAUAACUGUUCGCGUGAUGUAUCCUCAGAAAAGCAUUUGAAAUGGUUAAGAGAAGUUCAAAGAAUAAAAUAUGUUUUUUAAAGACA